UACAUCAUAAUACAGCGCGGUGACUGCAAGUGAAAAACAGAGUCAGUUCGACAUCACAGGCUCGCCUCUUUUUUUUGUAUUGUCGUGUCAACAUGUCCGGAAGGGGGAAAACCGGAGGAAAGGCCCGAGCUAAGGCUAAGUCUCGUUCUUCCCGAGCUGGACUUCAGUUUCCAGUGGGUCGUGUCCACAGACUGUUACGCAAAGGGAACUACGCAGAGCGGGUGGGCGCGGGGGCGCCCGUGUAUCUGGCCGCGGUGCUGGAAUACCUCACGGCUGAAAUCCUCGAGCUGGCCGGAAACGCGGCGAGAGACAACAAGAAGACGAGGAUCAUCCCCCGCCAUCUUCAGCUCGCCGUCCGCAACGACGAGGAGCUCAAUAAACUUUUGGGUGGCGUUACCAUCGCCCAGGGCGGAGUGUUGCCCAACAUUCAGGCCGUCCUUCUGCCCAAGAAAACCGAGAAACCAGCCAAGAGCAAGUGAUGAGUUUCGAGGACACAGACAUCACGGCUUCGGUGCCACCAUUUUGAGUCUCUAAAGUAGUAACACGUUAUUGUUUUGUUUUCCUUCUUGCUCUGAUUCUGCAUUGUCUUAAGGUGUAAAGAACCCAGUGAUGCUGUUGAUGUACUGUAUCUCGAAGAAAUGGCUUGUGUAUAUAAAUAUAUACACACACACACACGUAUAUUCACAUCGAUCCGGAUGAACGGCGGACAUGUUCAACCUGCAGCCGGGGAACAAAGGUGGACUUGGAGCGGAUUAAACACCACAAAUACACGGGCUGAGCAUUUACAUACACUCUUGGUAGUUUUUAGACCAGUGCUUAUUGUCGUUCUUUCUGCUUUUAAAACCAUAUUGUAAUUUUUUUUUUUUUUCCUUUUCUGUUUAAUUCAAUAAAUGUUUGAGAGCCUGAGGAAGGCACCAAACUC